AUGACAUAUUACUAUGAACAAGACCUUUGGUCCAUUAUCUCGACUAUUAUUGGAUGGUGUUAUUUUUUAGCUUGGUCCUGUAGCUUUUAUCCACAAGUGAUACUCAAUUGGAAAAGAAAAAGUGUACAAGGACUAUCAAUAGAUUUUCUAUGUUAUAAUGUGCUAGGAUUUCUCUGUUAUUCAAUAUUCAACAUUUCAUUUUAUUUUAGUCAAGAUAUCCGUGAUGAGUAUAAACGAAGAAACCACUCUAGCGAAAACUUAGUGCGAGCAAACGACGUCGUCUUUGCUGUACAUGCAUUUUUGAUAUCCACAUUCACCCUUUUCCAAACCUUUUAUUAUAAAAAAGACAAUUCACAAAGACUGUCUAAAAUUGCGCGAUACUUCAUCACUGCGUCAUUCAUUGGUGUACUUUGUAUGCUUAUGUCAAUAGAGUAUUUUGAAAGAUUUAUGUGGAUCGACUUGAUGUAUUAUCUAAGCUAUGUGAAACUGCUUGUUAGCUUGAUAAAAUACAUUCCACAGGCUUGGAUCAACUUUAAGCGUAAAUCGACACUUGGAUGGAGUAUACAUAACAUUCUAUUGGACUUUACGGGUGGUACAUUAUCCAUCACACAAUUACUACUUGAUGCGUCUAUCAGUGGAGAUUGGAGUGGAGUAUCUGGGGAUCCUGUUAAACUAGGACUUGGGGCUCAGUCAAUUGCUUUCGAUAUCAUAUUUAUGUUACAGCACUUUGUUUGGUACAGAGAUGAUCCACAAGACACAGAACAACAAGAACUGUUAAAAACACACGAAGAGGAACAAGUGUAA